CGUUUAUAACAAUACAAAAAUUGACUAACUUAAAAUUGUAAAAACGUAAAAUUAUAAAUCCAUCUCGCGAGAUUGUUAACUGUCGAAAGAUUGUGAUUGGUGACCCGUAACGAUUUAUUAAUCUAAGACCGUAACAUAAUGCUUACGUUGAAUCUAUCGAAGUGAAGAAACCGUCAAAUUAUGAAAUGACGAUGCGACGAAACGGAACGCAUUUUGCGCGCUGAUUGGUUGAACGGCAUAAUAAUGCUUCGCGCCGCCAUAUUUGUUUGUUAAGUCGUUCGUUUGAUGGAAUAUAAAACGAAUAAUUUUGGUGAUUUUAAACUGAUUAGAAUCGAAAACAGCUGUAGAAUACGUUAUAGAUUUUUUUUUGUGGAUGUAAUUAUGAAUUGGUGAUUAAAUAAAGAAGUGCAGUUAUUCACCGAACCUAACCUAAAUUACAUACCUACUAGGUACCCUAUAUUAGUUUUUAAUCGAGAUAACAAUUUUGUUUGCCAUGUCGGAUAUUGAGCCUGACCAUCAACAAAACUCAGCUAAACAAGUUAUUGUUAAUCGGGAUGAUUUUACCAUAGAGUUACAAAACUAUUACAGCAGUCUUAAUAAAAAUAAUAAAAAAAAUGAAUGGACAAAUCAAAGAAUAAAAAAUGUGAUAAAAUUGUUAGACGAGUACAACACAUCCAAAUCUCAAGGUGGGCGACUAACAAGCAAGCAUUACUAUCAUGCAAAAAAAUACGAUGUAAUGAAUAUUGGUGACCAGAAAGUUUUAAUAAUGAAGAGAAAGGAUACCUCAGAUCCUUUAGUACAAAUAAUUCCAGUGGAAGAGUAUUAUCAAUUGAUACUCGACGCACAUAUUGCCACUGGACAUGGACGUCGAGAUAAAAUUAUUCACGUUUUGAGAGAUAAAUAUAUGGUGCCAAUAUUUGCGAUUUCAAUAUUCAUAAAUUUGUGUAAAAUAUGCUUAGCAAAGAAAAAGGCUCCAAUAAGAGGCGUAAUCAAAGGUAGGAUGCCUCAAAAUGCUGUUUUUGCCUGUCCAAAGGCAGAGGACAACAGGCAAGAAGCUGGUUGCAGUUCCAAGUCAAAUAAUGAUGACGAUAACAUAGAAUCGGGCUAUGUGGAUAAAGAUGCAUCAGGAGAUGGCUUAGAUGUCUCAGAUAACUCUGAACAGGAAACUUUUGCUGGAAAACGUGUACAUGAAACUACAAAGCGAAAAUCGCCACUGCAACAAAUGACUUCCUCAGAUAAUUUCAAUGAACUAGUGGAACUAAAAAAAAAGAAAGCUAAGGUUGAAAUACAACUAAUGAAAGAGAAAGUGGAAAUAGCAAGAAGAGAAAAAUAUAAACUGGACUUGGAACUAUUGAAAAUGGAACGGGAGUUAGGGAUGAGUGAAUCCAUUUUCACUGCACCUUACGUUUCAGAAUAAAAAAGUAUUAAUACAUAGAUUAAUAAAUAAUUAAAUUAAUAGUACAAAGGUGAUAAGUAAUUGUAGUAAUAAGUGUAAGACAAUGGUAAUUUAUAGAACUUUAAUUAACAAGAAUGUUGCAUUAAAAUUUUCCAGCCAUUUCAACCAAUUUUUGAUUCUUAUGCCCGUUUUCUCCAUCAAUCCCUAAUUUUUAAGUGACCCCUA